GCCCCGCAGCAUGGCGGGCGCGGGGGGGGCCCCGGCAGCGCUGCCGGUACCGGCACCCCCGUGGUACCACCGGGACCUGAGCCGAGCCGCGGCCGAGGAGCUGCUGGCGAGAGCCGGGCGGGACGGCAGCUUCCUGGUGCGGGACAGCGAGAGCGUGGCGGGGGCCUACGCGCUGUGCGUGCUGUUCCAGAAGCACGUGCACACCUAUCGGAUCCUGCCUGAUGAGGACGACUUCCUGGCAGUGCAGACGUCGCAGGGGGUCCCGGCGCGGCGGGUGCAGUCGCUGCCGGAGCUGGUGGCUCUGUACGUGCAGCCGGGGCAGGGGCUGGUGUGCGCGCUGCUCUUCCCGGUGGAGCGCGACAAGGAGCGCGACAAGGAGCCCCCCGAGGAGCGCGACGGCUCGGAUGGGGACGACGAGAAGCCGCCGGUGCCGCCGCGAGCAGCGACCGCAGCCGGGAGCGGCGCUGCGGGGCCGGGACCCCCCGGGCAGCCCCCCGGGAGCGAGGCGUCGGCCGAGAGCCCCAACGGCCUGAGCAGCCUGUGCCACGAUUACCUGCGGGGCAGCUACGCGCUGGACCUGGAGGCGGUGCGGGGAGGGGCCAGCACCCUCCCCCACCUGCACAGCACCCUGCUCAGCUCCUGCAAGCGCCUGCACGGCGAGGUGGACAAGGUGCUGGUGGGGCUGGAGAUCCUGGCCAAGGUGUUUGACCAGCAAAGCCCCCCCAUGGGCACCAAGAUCCUGCAGCAGGGUGGGGAGCAGGAGCUGCAGACGCUGGUGCUGAAGCUCUCGGUGCUGAGGGAUUUCCUGGCCAGCAUCGAGAAGAAGGCUCUGCGGGCGCUGCAGGAGCUGAGCGCUGCUGCCCCUCUGCCCGGGCCCGGCCCCCCCCCCAGCCCUGAGCCACAAGGCCAAGAGCAUCCCAGUGCAGACCUUCGAGGGUGA